AAAUUUACUUUAAAACCCAGACAGAAAAGAAUUAGUUGAGUCAUUUUGUGUUUCGGAUUUCGUCCUGCGCACCAGAGCUACGAGUUCGUUGCCCAAUAGGCCAACAGGCUUUUUUCUAAAAAGAUAAAAAUUUGUCGUAACUCGUAAGGUGGAGUCUCAGUGUAUAGGACCUUUCCACAGCAGACAGACAGUGAAUCGGGGCGUUGUUUGUACUUUUUUUUAUUUUCUUUUCAAAUUUAUCCCAUUCAAAGUAGUGUUACAAGUAGUGAAAUUAUUAUUUUUCGGGAAUGGCGAUUAUUAAUUCGUGUAAUUGCAAAUUGGCACCUGGACAAAAUGGGAAAUCGAAACACACCUACUGCCCAACGGAGAGUCAUUUUACAGAUAAGCAAUCAUUCCAAGAGGGCUACGAAGGAAUUGGCAAACCACGUAACAGAAAUGGCAUUGAAUCGUUUGAAGAAGUCCCCAUGUCAGUUGCGUUGCUGACCUACAUGGGUUGGGGAAUUGUUAUUCUUAUUGGAUAUGUGAAAGAAUUUCUACUGAGUUUUGUCCCUAGUCAAAAUCCAGAAAGGAACCGUGAGGGUUAUGCUCCACUUUAUUCCUCAUUUGAAUCUUUCUACACGCGGAACGUCUAUCGUCCCAUUCGUGAUUGUUGGAAUAGACCAAUUUGUUCUGUACCAGGAGCUGAACUUGUGCUUAAAGAUCGUGUGACUCAUGAUAAUGGCUGGACAUUCAGCUUCACCAACACCUUUACUAAAUGUCUUAACAUGGGAUCUUACAAUUACUUGGGUUUCGCUGAAUGUGAGGGACCUUGCGCCACUGCAGCUCAAAAAACUACACACAGCUUGGGAUUGGGAGUCUGCAGUCCCAGACAAGAGCUUGGCACUAUGGCUAUUCACAAGGAAUUGGAAACGUUGGUUACAAGAUUUGUAGGAGCUGAAGACGCCAUUACUUUUGGUAUGGGUUUCGCUACGAACGCCCUCAAUCUACCGAGUCUAGUCUCCAAAGGCUGCCUUGUUAUCAGUGACGAAAACAACCACGCUUCCCUUAUUCUUGGUCUUCGAUUGUCAGGAGCCACCAUUCGGGUGUUCAAACACAACAAUAUGAAGAGUUUAGAGGCGAAACUGCGCGAAGCUGUGGUCCAAGGACAACCUCGCACUUACCGGCCAUGGCGUAAAAUUUUGAUUGUCGUUGAAGGCGUUUACUCAAUGGAGGGCUCAAUCGUCAACCUUCCUGAGAUAAUCGCACUCAAGAAAAAGUACAAGGCUUAUCUCUACUUGGACGAAGCUCAUAGCAUCGGAGCCCUCGGUCCCCGUGGACGCGGUGCCGUAGAUUAUUUCGGUUGCGAUCCCAAAGACGUUGAUGUGUUGAUGGGCACGUUCACGAAAAGUUUCGGCUCAGCGGGGGGUUACAUUGCUGGAUCAAAGAAACUGAUUAACCAUCUAAGAAUCCAUAGCCACGCCCAUUGUUAUGCCACUUCAAUGUCACCGCCUGUCGCCCAGCAAAUUAUCUCAUCAAUGCGCAUUAUCAUGGGAGAAGACGGAACAGAUGAAGGACAGCGACGCUUGGUUCAGCUAUCUCGCAAUAGUCGUUAUUUCCGCCAAAAGCUGCGCCAGCUUGGUUUAAUCGUCUAUGGCAAUGAUGACUCACCCGUCGUCCCAGUCUUACUUUUCAUGCCAGCAAAAAUUGCUGCCACAUCACGGGAGCUCAUCAAACGCGGCGUAGCCUCCGUCAGUGUCGGCUUCCCAGCCACGCGAAUCACCGAAAGCCGUUCAAGAUUCUGUAUCUCUGCCUCACACACCAAAGAAAUGCUCGACAAGGCUAUUGAGGCCAUGGACGAGGUUGGUGAUCUGUUACGCCUUAAAUAUUCCCGCCUACCGAUUCCUGUCGGACCCGUAAUUUUCGGCGAAGAUAACAACAAGCCUCAACAGGACCAAGUUGAUUAAUUGGAACAAAACAAGUAAAUUCUGAAACUAAGGAAAUGGAAUCAUCCCUGCGUCAGGAAGAAAUCUUAUUCAACGUCCGUUUAAAAUGUUUUCUUCACGCUCUUUUUACAUGUAAAUUUAUUAAUAUAGCAUUGUUGAUUAAGUUCAUUCUUCUACGCGGAUGACUUUUUCCAUCAACGAAAGCCCUUGCAACACAAUCAAACAAAGAACACAAUCCAACGUAGUAGUUAUCGACCUCGAACAAGACGUUCAGUACAGUUGCAAACUGAGUGAAGGAGGUCAACUAAAUUUUUUUUGCAUUAUUUCUGUUGAAUAAUGUAUGUCUUGUAUCUCUUGCCCCUUUCCUGCCUUGUUGUUGCGCCUAUGGUUCGUUGACACAACAAAUUAACUACCAACAAAGAAGACUUGUGUGAACUAAUUUAUUAGGUCUUUGUAUCAUUGUUGGUCCGUUAACAAUUUCCUUAUCCGUUCAAGUCACAUCCACACAUAGUGCCUGCUUGUUAUGCUUGCUUCUCUGCCUCAAUAUAACCAUUUGUGUAGUUCCAAAAAUUCUUACCAAAAUACAUUACACCAUUACCAAUGA